CCAACUUGGAACCCCCUUUCCGCCCCUUGCUUAGAUCAAGUUGGGUACACGUGCAUGCGCUUUAGAGAUAUAUCAAUUCAAACACAAUUUAAAGCACAAUGAGAAGUAAUCUACGAGUACCUAGACAAGAGGCCGUAGUAUAUGCUUGGGAGGUCAAGGAUAUCCUCGGGGUAGUCCUAGUUGUAAUUUUCCUCUUCGUCGUUAUCGCGGCUGUAAAUGCUGCGCUAUGGGAAUAUUGCGGCGACGCGCAACGGAGACAGCAACAGCAACCUGCUCACGAGGAGCAUGAGCUACAACAAUCCACGAAUGCACCACAGAGUGUGCCGCAGAGCUAGUAUAUCGCAUCCCGACCAUCGUGAACCCGAGGAGAGAAGCUCCGGGUA